AUGGCACUGACUCAACACUGUUCCGUCUCUGUCACCUCUGCGGCUCGAUUGAGCUUCUCAUCCUCCGCAUCACCACCCUUGACGACAAGGGUUUCUCUCAAUCUUCAACCGGAGAACAAAGGUCAGACUCAGAUGAGGAAUCAUUCCCGUGGGGGAAUGAUAUGCAAAGCUAUGGUACAAGAAGCAGCUCAAGCUAUCCCUUCACUGUUUUUGAUUACUCUCUGUUACAGUUCAAUGAUGCUGGUGGCUUUGAGGCUUCCAGGGAAGAUCACUGAUAUGCAAAAGAUCGAUGUGAAUAAGAAGAUAACGAUAAUUGAGCGUCUUAACCCAACUCCUAGACCAACCACGUUUCCUUACCUUGAAGGCAGAUGGAGUUUUGAGUGGUUUGGAUCCAACACUCCUGGUUCAGUUGCUGCUCGUGUCAUAUCCGAGAGGUUUCCUUCUUCAUUUGUGAGUCUAUCAAGUUUGGACAUUGUCAUUAAAGAUGCUAGCACAAGGGCCACCGCCAACGUUAAGCUGCUAAACAUGAUGAAAAACAAAGUCAUCCUCACGUCGAAAUUCACAGUGGAAGGGCUUUUAAGGAUGAGGGAAGAAUAUCUAGAGGGAAUGUUAGAGUCACCAACUGUUAUUGAAGAAGCAGUUCCUGAACAGCUAAGAGGUUUAUUAGGUCAAGCUACCACGACGUUGCAGCAGCUUCCUGAACCUGUUAAGGAUACUUUUGCGAAUGGUCUUAGAAUUCCACUUGGUAAGCCAAAUAAUAAGCCACAUUUUUAA